AUGUCUUGUCAGAUAAAAACAAUAGCAAAUUUAACCAAUACAAGUAAUAUCAAAGAGCUACUUUUUGGAGAAUGUACUAGAUUUGACAUUCCACAAAAUGAAUUACCACUUCAAGACUGUUUUAUAUCAUUAUCAUCAGCUGGAGAUGUCCUUGCUAUGGCAUAUAAUACAAAGAUGAUUAUAUUAAUUUCAAGGUGGGAUUCGUUAGAAUCAGAUGAGACAAAAAAUAAAUUCCAUAUGAUAUGGUACGGUGAAGUUGCCAAAGAACCAAAUGAAUGGAUAACAUCUGUGAUUUGUUUACCUUUAUUAUCAUUGGGUAAUGCUAGUGGUGGUAUCAAUCCAGACUGGACGUGUAUUAUUGUUGGUUUCAAUACUGGAUUUAUUAGGUUUUACACAGAAACAGGUGCAUUAUUGUUAAAAGAACAAUUGCAUAAUGAGUCAGUUGUGGGUUUAAAGUGUCAGUCUUUUCGUUCACCUAAACACAUAGGUGACACUGGUUUGACUGAGGAAAUUCAUGUGACAUAUAAUAGUGUUGUAUGUGUAUUACAAGGUUUUUCUCUAUUUUCCACAUUACGAGCAUGUAGAAAUCAUUUAGCUAGAGUUCAAGCAAACUGUGAUGAUGUACCACCAGUUACAAAUUUAUCAUGUAAAAAAUGGGGCUAUAAAAGUCAAGAUAUUGUAAAUGAUUCAGAAGUAAUUGGCACUACUUCUGUAAAUAGUUUUAAUCAUUUAAUGACAGCUUCAAUUAGUGGUGGAUAUAAUGCAUCUUACAGAUCUAGUGCACCACAACAUAAUCUAGUUAUUGCAACUGGUAAACGACCAUUUGUUGGAUUUCAUUAUGUAUUAGAAGGUGGUUCAGCUCCAGUUCUUUCAGAUGUUGCUAUAGCAAUGGCUAGUAAAUUAGCAAAUGCCAUUGGGACUGCUGUUCCUUGGUUUCCUAUCAAUUGGGGCAAUACAAAACAUCAGACAUCACUUGAAGCAUCAAAAACUAAUGCUCAUGAACCAGUUGAACCAAUGAUUUGCAGGUUUGGAUUAAGUGAUGUUACAAGAGAGGGUUAUUCAAUAAUAUCCAGUCCAAAUAAAGCAUUAUCAGUAAUAUUAGAUGCAAUGGGUAGAGUAUUAUUAGUAGAUAAUAGAUGUGGUAUUGCUAUGAGAAUGUGGAAAGGAUAUAGAGAUGCUCAAUGUGGAUGGAUUGAAGUGGAGGAAGAGAAACAUUCUGGAAUGCACAAGGCAUUUACUAAAUUUAAACAAAAUGUGCAACUACGUUCUGCUUUGUUUUUAGUCAUUUAUGCUCCAAAGAAGGGUGUAAUAGAUAUAUGGAGUACGCAACAAGGCCCUAAAAUUACUACAUUUACUGCUAGUAAACAUGGGAGAUUGCUUUAUAUCAAUUAUGGACUUCUUGGUGUAAAUGAUAAUGUAUACCUAUCAAAAAAUAAACCACAAUAUUCAUGUGUUUUUAUGGAUCCACUUGGUGGUUUAAAAGAAAUUACAGUACCAUUUCAUUUUGCUCUUAAUAGUAAAAAUGGGAAAAGAGCACGUGAUAUACAUCUUCUUAAAAAAUUAAAAACUUUUUUAAGAGAAGAAGAAUUUGAAUAUGAGAAGUUAAUGUCAGAAAUUGAGAAUGUGUGCUCAGAUUUGAAAACUAAUGAAAUAAAAGUACAAAUAAUAGAAAUGUUAAUGUCAAAUAAAAAUAUUUCACCUGAUGCUUUACUCACAGCUGCAAAUUGUUUCAUUAAAAAACUAGAUGAAUAUGAAAAAGAAGACAUGGAACCUACAGCAAAAGCGCUUUAUUUAUUGACAACGCAGUUGCAACAAGUAAUUAAAUUUUAUAAAUAUAUUAAAACUCAAUUUGAUGCAUCAGCAGAUAAUAGUUCUUCUAUAAGUGAUAACGAUAGUUAUCUCAGUAGCAAAAGCUUGGCUUUGAGCUUAUUAACUUCUGAAAGGGAAAUACACAGAGUUUUGGAUUUGUUUAAUAAAAUAAAUAGUUACCAAUGUUCAGUUUUUGUAACAGAAUGUAAAGUAAAGUUUAAAGAAGAUGGAAAAAUUUUCUUAGAUUUCUUGUCUUGCUUUGAAUUUGGAACACCGGGAUUUAUAGACAUUAAAAAGGAUAUAAAACCAGAGAAGAAAUAUCAUAUUUCUCAGCUAAUGUACGAAGGAUGUGUGUAUUCAUGUGACAGAAUUAAAGCAUGGAAAGAAGCUGCUAUGGAAAGCAAUAUACAACCAUUUGUUCUCAUGGAAUUUGCUUUAAUUUACUGGCUUAAUAAAAGGAGAGACAUAUACCUGGAAGUAGAACUAAAACAAUUUACACACCUUUUAAAUGCUAUUUGUUCAAUAGCUAAUAUUGAAGAGAUAUGUGCAGAAUAUAAUGAAAUAUCUUUAUGGUGGAAGAAGGUUCGUAAUAUUCUUUUGUAUUCAACGAACCCAUUUAACGCACUUAGUGCUGCUUUAAUGUGCAGAGCUGUUGCAUUGUCUGUAGAAAAGUAUAAGGAAAAGUGUAGUAACAAAAUUCAAGAUAAUAACGAUCAUGAAAAGAUAGACAUUAAAAAUGAGAAUGAUUUGAAAAAAGCAAAGCAGUAUCGAGAUGGCGUUAGCAAUUCAAAAUUAGACGACGAAGUGUAUAAUAUAGCAAGUGAAUGGGAAAAUGUUAAUAAAGACAAUUAUCAAUUUACGUUGCUUAUUGGAAGUCUUGAGGAUAUUGCAAUUUUAGAUGCUAUUGUAAGUCAACAGCCUCCAUCAGAUAGUACAAUGCAAUUUUUUGCACUGCCAUUUGUAAAAUUUGACAUUUCUUUAGGAUCUGUUCUCUCAAAAGGAAAAGGUUCUGUAUCAGAGAUAGUUGCGAAAUGGAUUGCUUCCACGGGUAUUGAUCCUACUCAACUAGUAGAUACAACAGACACUGAAUUCGAUAAUACACAGUUAACAAGUCAUUGUUUAGAAAUACCAAAUUCUUUAGACGAAACUCGACACGUGGGUGAUGUUUCACAAUUAGAACAGUUGUGUGAUUUAGAGAAGUCUAUUUCAGUACCUGUUGAAAUGAAAAGUGAAGAUAAAAAUGACACAAAUAUCGGUACAUGUAUUUUAGAAAGGAUUAAGUUAUUAAAACGUCAUUUUCCACAUAGUUUAAGUAGUAGUGUAUUACUAGCUAAUAUAUGUUGGGAGUUUGCAAUGUCAUGGAAUAAAGAUAUUUCGCAAUUGAAAUCUCUCGAAGCUGCAUUAUCUGUUUUACAACAAAUACCAAUGAAACAUAUGAGACAUGGUGUUUGUUGUUUACUAUGGUCGGUUCAUAUAAAGAAACGAAUGGAAGCAGUAGCAAAAUUAAUCAACAAGCUUGGAAGACUACCAAAGGAGAGAUUGUGUAUACAAGAAGUUGGCUUAUCUGAUGUACAAACGGUUGCGUUUUUGCAGAGUUGUGUUACGUUUUUAGAAACAUUCAUCGAUUCUGAAGUGCUCGAAGCGGGGGAGAGUAGUUUAAUAAAAUCAGAAGAAUUGUGGGAAGGAUGCACAUCUGGUCCACAACCAUUUGCUGUUUUAGCUAUUUCUCAAGCACCUGCGUGGUAUGAUUUAGUAAUUUUACAUGUACAGCUGGCGAAUGUGUUGUACAUGAUGGCACAUUUUAAUAUAAAAAUAACGAAACCAUUAAACAAUUUAUUUGAGUCUGUGGUGCAACCAUAUUUUUUUCAAACAAUGACAGAUAAAGUAAUGCUUACCUGGUACAGAGAUGAUAAGAGAGACAGUCUUAGAACCAAGUUUCUGUGCCGAAUAAUUACUGCAUCGAUGGAUUUUAUCCAUCAAGAAACAACAGAUGAUAAAAUGAUCAGUUCAACGCCGCAAGCUAUUCAAUGGAUGAGCAGAUGUCAAACAUUAGCAUCUAUUUGGAAAGUUAAUAACGACGAGUUAAGGAUACAUCAAGUUUGUCAAUUUUAUGUUAAUGGUUUUGAUCGAUUAGCAGAAGAAGUUGUUACCGCAGUGAACGAUGUUGAAAAAUUAGCAGAGAAUCUUCUGCCGAUUGCUGGACGAAGGAUGAUGGCAUAUCUUUCAAAAACACCUGAUCUUCUGGAGGAAGUUUCUCGCAUAAAUCCUGCACUUACCAAAUACUUGGAAAGUCUUAAUGUACCGGAAGUAAUUUGUACAAAUUGUUCAAACGAUGAUACCAUUGAAUUGAUACGACGAGUUUCCAGACAUUUACCUGAAACUCACUCUGACUAUCAUCUUACGCAAUUAAUGUUGGAUGCGGUGUUUAUCUAUGAGGGAACAACAUGA